AUGCGGGAUGCCGAGGCUGAUGCGAGGCAAAGAGGCGGAGGAAAAACAAGGGCGGCGGCGAGAGCUCGGCUUACUUGCGUUCGCCUAGGGAAGAAGAAGAAAGCUUCUUCCGGGCCUCCUGGCGAGUCUGCCUCCGCGGAGGAGCCAGUAUACCUGGUGGUGGAGCAUGGAGUCGAGGAGCCCACCCACUCCAUCCUCGAGUUGGGUCGCGGCACGGCCCUCGGAUCGUGGGUCUUGGCUUUGAUAGAACCUCCAUAUACGACCCCAAAAACUUUCACGGAGGUUCUCGGGCCCCGUCUUCUCUACCCUAUGAUGGAUCCCAUCCUGAUCCCGCACGGCAGCGAGUUGUACGCGCUCUCUCGCUGCCCCGCCGUCGUUGGGGAGGUGGAGUUCAUGCCCUGGUUCUUCGUCUUUGACCUGAAUCUGCCUUACGUCGGUGGCGCCACUGGAUGGCGUGAGAUGCCGCCGCCGCCCAUCUUUCCGUGCCGCCUCAAUCCGCUGGAGUACCGCAACUCGCCGGAGGUUCGUGUUGCUUCUUACGCCAUGGUCGGCUCCCACAUUGUGCUCUCUGUGCAGCAAGACAAGGGUACCUGUGCUUUGGAUGUGGACACCAAGAAGUGGGAGAUGGUGGACAGUAAGAACCUGCCUUUCAUUGGCCACGCUGUGCCCCUCGGUGGCCACCACUUUGUUGCCUGCUCCAAAGCAAGGGACGGUGCCGCUGCUGUGUUCUUCAUGGAGGUCGCCCCGCCAGAGGGCAAGCUGGAGAAAGCGCGCAUUGUUCAUCGCACUUACUCUCAGGUGGAGGGGGAUGAUGCUAGGACAAAUUCGGUUGUCAUAGUUAAGCAGCAGAGGCAGAUUUACAAACUACAUGAUCGAUCCUGUCAUUUGGCUUAUCCUUUACCGGUGGUUGCUGCUUUAACCUUGUAA